UCGACGAUUUGAUUGGUGGGACGUCUCUGAGGUCAAAGUUUUACUUCCGUGUCACGCAGCUAACAUGGCGGAUAAAGAAAAGAAGAAGAAGGAGAGCAUCUUCGACUUGUCCAAAUACAUCGACAAGCCGAUUCGUGUGAAGUUUCAAGGAGGACGAGAGGCCAGCGGUGUCCUGAAAGGUUUUGAUCCUCUGUUAAACCUGGUGCUGGACGGUACAAUCGAGUACAUGCGAGAUCCAGAUGACCAGCUGAAGCUGACAGAAGACACCAGGCAGCUGGGGCUGGUGGUGUGCAGAGGAACCUCCGUAGUGCUCAUCUGUCCUCAGGACGGCAUGGAGGCUAUACCAAACCCGUUCAUACAGCAGCAGGACGGCUAACACACCCUGUCGCACACACACACAUACACACACACACACAAUUACCGUGCACACAGCUGAAUAUUUUGUGGGGUUUUUUUUUGUUUGUUUUAAUUUUUAAAGAACAUUAUGUAAAACAAAUUCAAUUUAUGUUGUUAAAAUUCAUAAUAAGGACACUUGAAAGCACUUCACUUUUGUUUCUGUCUGUGAUGUGCAAGUUUGCAAUGAUUUGAGUUAUUGUGCCCAAAAAGUUUGGGACGUGUAAACAGGACCGUUUUCUUUUUAUCCAGAAUAAGUCAACUUUUUACUAUUCUUUGUUGUUUUUGAUAAGAAAAUAAAAUGAAAACCUAUGUUGA